AUGUACGCUAGAAGAUUACGCGAUCGUGAGACUGAAGAUUUUCUAAAAAGAGUUGAGGACUUCAAUUCCAAACAAUACGACGAUGCGCCUGAGAGCCCGCAAUUGAGUAAAACACGUUAUCUAUCGAGCUCAAAUAUCUCUGAGGAAGGUAUUGAUAAUGCUAACGAUUUGCUGUUCACUAGUGAUUCAGCAAGCCCGUUCAAACGUAAGCAAUAUCAGGGAAGCGAAACAGACACUUUGACAUCUGACGAUGAACUUGCCUAUAAGUCAGCAUACAAUUAUGAAAAGACGUUUUCCCCAACCAAAGCACAUUAUUCCAAACGGGAUUUAGACAUUGAGCUUUCUUUUAGAUCUUCUGGCAUCAAAGAAUCAGGAACCAGGAAGACGUACGCUGUGUCGGAGGAGGACUACAUGCUAUUGCAAAGAUUGAAAUUGGACGCUAGCACUCUCAAGGAUACUCCCAAGGAGAGCCACGCGAAAGUUCCAAGUAGAGGUAGACCAAGGGAGGAGCUGAGGGAUAAACAACUCUACUCCAGGACGUCUGUGAGAGAAGUUGAUAGAUUGCAUGGGAAAAAAACAAGCAAAUUCAGUGAAGAAGAAGGCGAGAAACCUCCUUCAUUACCUGCCAGAAGAAGCAAAGAUACGAUUUCGAUCGAUGAAGGGUCUGCGCCUAGUCUGCCAAGAAGAAAAAGCAAUAAAGUGAGCACACUAGAUGUUCCAGUAGAACGCUCCGUGGAACCAGAGCUAUCAAACAGGAAUUACAGGAACGAAGAUUCAAAUGGCAAACAAAACUUAACCACCGUUAAGCCAAAGAGGUCUGUUCCGCCCCCGGUACCUCGUAAGCGUCAGAUAUCGAUUGAUAAAUCGAUUAUAUCGGCCAACUUGAUGACCGAUGCAGAGCUGUCAAACGAUUAUCUGACGUCAGUAAGUAAAAACAGAUUGACAGAUUACAAGACGCUUCAGCCGGUGCCCCCACCUAGUGCUAGAAAAGAACCACAGACACCAAAGAAGGUGAGUAUUUCACAUUUAGAUUAUUUGGACUCUGUGCAGAAAAAAAGUCCAUCGCCGCCCCGUUUGGCGCCAAUUUCAUUGAAGAGCUCUUUGACUUCGCCAAUGACCGAGAAAGAGAUUUCUAAUUCGGAUAAAUAUUUAAAUUCAGCGCUUAAGACAAAGGAAAGUGAUCCUAAAGUCUCAAAUGUAAAACCAAGACCAUCGCUGCCUGCAAAACCAUCGAGUCUCAAAGAAAAAAACGUUUUCAACUUGUCCAAUACUGCCAAAGAAACUUCUGCAAACGGAAAACCAGACUUUGUUGCCAUCAAACUACGAAGUCCCGAGAAACCAAAACCUCAAGUGCCCCCCAAGAAAAAUCUGCUUGUUACCCAUAAGCUCAAAACGGCCAGCCACGACAGACUCAAGGCACCGAUAGAAGAUAAGUUUGAAAUGCGAAAACCUGAAAUUUUGGUCAAGCUCAACAAGGUGGAUUUCAAAAAGAAUGAGACAACUUCGGAUGUUCCCGAAGCCUUAGAAAAACUGAGAAAACUGAGCAAAACUCAAAAUGCUCCAGCUGUACCCACUCGUAAGAUCUCGAUGCCGGAAGCCCUAAUAAAAGCUGAGACAUUAAGAAAACAGCAAGUAUCUGAUACAAAGAAGGCGAGCGAGCCCAAACCUUGUUUUCAAGACGAGCUCAGCGCUGCAUUCAAAAAAGCAAAUGCGUUAUCCUCGGUUACAUCUCCAACCUCAAAAUCAGUCUUGAACUCGUCAUUAAAGGAUGCCAAGAGAAUAACACAAACUCCUUUAACAGCGCCAUCCAAGAAUGAACGAGCAUCCGAAGAUUCACUACUGCAUCCCAACAAGACACGGGCCAAGGGACCAAGGAGGAAACUGCCAAGGCGAAUUGUGUAA